GAGACGCACGUGUGGACAAAAUUUUUCCAAAAAUUACACAAAAUGUCAUUAUUUCUCUGUCGUAACGUUGCUAAAAGUGUAAAGAAUGUCUUGCACCGGUCACCAUUAUCUGCUACCUCAAAUACAAAUGGUCAUUCUUUACCGUCACGGUUUAGGAAUGGUCUAGAAUCCCUUGUUAUUAGCCGUUCCAUAGGGUGGUACAUGUGUUCCUUCAGUCAAGACAGUGCAUUGCACUGUGCAAGUAAGGGCAGGAGUGCUCCUGUAAAGACAGUGAAGUUGUCCAAGACUUGCGCAUGGAACACAUGUUGCUCAGUUCAUACCGAGAAUGAUAGAAGUUUACUUGCCUUCCUUGAGGAGAACAUCAAAAAGGAAAAAGACAAUAGCUUACCUGUGAAUUCUUCGAUUAAAGAUUUUACAGUUCAGACCAAUGGCUCAGAAGUCAAAUUGAUCAAACAUAUUGAAGAUGAAAUGGUGACAGUCACUUUCAAUGUGAAUCACACAGUAGAUAACGAUAUGGCAGCUGAGUUUGGAGAAGCUAAAGAUGACGAUGAUACACCUAUGGUGUCAAUGCCCUCUUUUGUUGUGGAUGUGAAAAAGGACGAUAGGGUGCUUUCAAUAUGCUGUAGCUUUACUCAAGAUUACCCUGAAGAUCCUUCGAAAGAAGUUCAGUACGCUGAUAUGAUGACAAUAGAUGAGGUCGGGGUUCACCAUGGAGAUUGGAAAGAAGAAAUAUAUUCUGUGUCAACUAUGGAUGAUGAAUUGUACGAUAAAUUCCUUCUGAUGUUGGAAGACAGAGGUAUUGAUGAGCAAUUUGUAGAGCAAUAUGUCAAUUUCAGCACAUCGUACGAGCAUAAACGGUAUAUCGGAUUCUUAGAAAAUCUUAAGGAGUUUGUUAGAAAUUGAAAAUUGAGUGAGUGAUCCAUAUCAAAGAGACUAAGACAGUAUGAACAGUGCACUGAGGAACAAUGAAGGGAAAUUAUACUUUAAUGCUUCAUGUUGCUGGCUUGCUGUAAGUCCUGCCGACCGACGUUGUUUUUAGAUAGCAGAUAAUAGGACUGUAUUGAUGAGAGUGAAUAAAUAGAAGAAAAGCUGAAAAAUUG